UACCAAGACCCUAAAUCAAGUAACCAUUCAAAAUAAAUACAAAAACACAGCAACUACUCUUCAUCACAUCACAAACAACAAAACCAAACCGAACCAAACAAAUUCAUCACAGCAAAAAGAUGAGAACAAGCAACCACUUAAUCGGUGUCCUGAACUUCCUAACCUUCCUCCUCUCAAUCCCAAUCCUAGGCGGUGGAAUAUGGCUAAGCAGCAGAGCAAACAACACCGACUGUCUCAAGUUCCUCCAAUGGCCAUUAAUCAUAAUCGGCAUAAGCAUCAUGGUUGUUUCACUAGCAGGUUUCGCCGGCGCGUGUUACAGAAACACCUUUCUCUUACGGCUUUACCUCGUUGUCAUGUUCUGCGUGAUUGCGGUUCUUAUCGGGUUCAUAAUCUUUGCUUAUGUUGUAACGGAUAAAGGGUCUGGAAGAAGUGUUGUGAAUAAAGGCUAUUUGGAUUAUUAUCUGGAGGAUUACUCUGGGUGGUUAGAGGAACGUGUUGCCAGUGACGCGUAUUGGGGGAAGAUUAGUUCUUGUAUAAGGGAUUCUAAAGUUUGUAGGAAAUUAGCCAGGAAUUUUAAUGAUCAACCUGAAACUGCUGAUAUGUUCUCUCAGAGAAAACUCACUUCUGUUCAGGUAUGUUCCCAACCUGAAACUGCUGAUAUGUUCUCUCAGAGAAAACUCACUUCUGUUCAGUCUGGUUGCUGCAAGCCUCCAACAGAUUGUAACUUUGUGUAUCAAAAUGAAACAGUGUGGAUGUCAGGAGCAGGACUAAUAGCAAACAACCCUGACUGCACAAAAUGGAACAAUGACCAACAAGAGCUUUGUUACAGCUGUGAUUCUUGCAAAGCUGGUGUGCUUGCAAGUCUCAAGAAAAGUUGGAGGAAAGUCUCAGUGAUCAACAUUAUUGUUAUGAUCAUCCUUGUAAUUGUUUACAUAGUUGCUUAUUAUGCUUAUAGAAACAACCGCAGGAUGGAUAAUGAUGAGCCUUAUGGUGAAGCAAGGAUGACAAAAACACAACCAAGUGCUUUUCAUCUUUAAUUAAUUAACUCUCUAGCUACUAUGUGGCUUACUAUGUGGCUUUUGGACAUCUAUCUUAGGAUUUUGAGGAUUGGAUAUUUGUUUUGUAUCAAUUAUCAAUCCCUUGUAGUAUGUAUGAGUUUGGUUUAAAUCUUGCAAGUUGAAAUGUUUGAUGUAUUUAUUAUAUUUGUUUCUAGUUUAUUAGCCUCUUGUUUUUAA